AUGGCGGAGGCUGUUGUUGGGCUAGUGGUGGUGACGCUCGGGGCAGCGCUGGCGACAGAGGCGGCGUCCUUUGGCUGGUCGUUGGUCGCCAAAGAAGCCGCCGCCCUUAGGGACGUCUUCGGCAAGAUCCGCGCGAGCCUCGCCUUCCAGAUGGAGGACGUCGUCGAUGAGUUCACCUACAAGCUAGAAGACUGCAGGCACGGAGGGUUCGCCGGCAAGACCAGGAAGCGGCUCAAGCAUAUCAAGACCUGGUACCGCCUGGCGGCAAAGUUCCAAGAAAUUGAAGCCAAGCUGGAAGAUGCAAAUCGAAGGAAGAAGUAUUAUGCCAUCCGAUCUUCUCCUGCUGCCAAAUCAACGAGUCAAGGUCAAGCUCUACACUUCACCAGAGAUGAGGACCUUGUGGGGAUCGAGGAGAACAAGGAGAGUUUGUUACGAUGGUUGCACGACUGUCAUGAAGGUCUGGAGCACAACAACAGCAAAGUCACCAUGGUGUGGGGGAUGCCUGGUGUUGGUAAAACCACUCUGGUUGAUCAUGUGUACAACACCGUGAAACUGGAUUUCAAUGCCGCGGCAUGGGUAACUGUGUCAGAAAGUUACCAUAUUGAGGACCUGCUCAAGAAGAUCGCCGCCCAGUUCGGCAUCGCAAUCGACACCGCCAACAUUGAGACGAGAGACCUAGCAAAGUCCAUCCACAACUACCUUCAAGGUAAAAAGUACAUCUUGGUCCUGGAUGAUGUUUGGGCUGAGCGCUUGUGGUCAGAGAUAAGGGGUGUCUUCCCAACAUCUAACUGUACCGGCCGAGUUGUUAUGACAUCAAGAAAGCAGACGGUGUUGGCAACAAGGGAGUCUGCAUAUGCAAUUCACUUGGAACCACUACAAGCACAUCACUCCUGGGUGUUGUUCUGUAAAGGGGCAUUUUGGAAUGAUGAUGACAAAAAGUGCCCGUUAGAGCUGCAGGAAUUGGCUUGGAAGUUCAUAGCAAAGUGUCAAGGCUUGCCUAUUGCUAUUGCGUGCAUUGGGCGCCUACUCUCCUGCAAACCCCAAAAUUCCACUGAAUGGGAGGAUGUGUACAUGUGUUUGGAUUCACAGUUGGGGAAGGAUGUGAUCCCUGAUGCUCAUAUGAUCCUAAAGGUUAGCUUGGAGGACCUUCCAUAUGAUUUGAAGAAUUGUUUCUUACACUGUGCACUAUCCCCAGAAGAUUAUGAAUUAAAGAGGAGAAGAAUAAUCAGGCAUUGGAUCGCGGCAGGGUUUAUCAGGGUAAAGGAAGAGAGCAAAACAUUGGAGGAGGUGGGAGAGGGAUACUUGGCUGAGCUUGUGAACCGAAGCCUACUGCAGGUAGUGCAAAGGAAUUAUGCCGGACGACUGAAAUACUGCAAGAUGCAUGAUGUCAUACGCCUUCUUGCCCUUAACAAAGCCAAGGAGGAACACUUUGGUAAAGUUUAUGAUGGCUCUGGUACUAGGGCGUUCUCUGUAGAGGGUGCACGUCGCAUAUCGGUCCAGGGCGAAAACCUUGAACAACUGUGCCUAUCUGGUGCAACACAGCUUCGUGCGCUCCAUGUAUUUAAGAAGUAUAUCAAUGUUGAUUUGCUGAAGCCUAUCCUAACAUCUUCUAAUUUGUUGUCGACAUUGGAUCUGCAAGGCACUGGUAUCAAAAUAUUGCCCAAUGAAGUAUUCAACUUGUUUAAUCUGCGUUAUUUGGGCAUUAGAGAUACCGAGAUCGAAAACUUGCCUGAAGCAGUGGGGAGGUUACAAAACCUGGUAAUCAUGGAUGCUUAUGAUUCUAAACUGACGUACUUGCCAAAGAGUGUUGUAAAACUUCAGAAGUUAAGUUACUUGUAUGCGUGUACUUUCGGCACAUUAGGAAUAGCUGGGGUCAAGGUGCCUAGUGGCAUGAAGCAAUUGGUAGGACUGCGGGCUCUUCAGUCCGUCAAAGCCACUCCAGAGUUUCUGCGUGAAGUUGUGGCUCUAACAGAGCUAAGGACAUUCGAUGUCUGUGAUGUGAGAAGUGAACACUCUGCUGAUAUGAGAAAUGCUAUCACCAAAAUGAGGCAUCUUGCUCAUCUCGGAAUUGCCGCUGCAGCUGAGAAUGAGGUGCUGCAGCUGGAAGGGCUAUAUUUACCUCCAACCCUUUCCGUGCUUACUUUAGGAGGGCAGCUAGAAAAAACAACGAUGCCUCAACUUUUCUCUUCUUGGUCACAUCUUAAUAGCCUCACUAGGUUGCAUCUGACAUUCUCCAAUAUUGAUGAGGACACCUUUUCCUGUCUGUGCUUGUUACAUGGUCUACGCUUUCUUUACCUAAAGAAGGCUUUUGAAGGGAAGAGGUUGGAUUUUUACGCAGGGUCAUUUCCAAAACUUAGGCAUCUAUGGAUAGGGGGCGCGGCACAGCUCAAGCAAGUGGUAAUAGAGAAGGGUGCAAUGCAAAACCUCGUUGAGCUAUUGUUCGUAGACUGUCCCGAGCUAAAGUUUCUUCCUGAUGGCAUCGAACACCUUGCAGCCCUUGAGAUAUUAGGUGUGAAAGACAUGUCCGAAGAGCUGAUAGAAAAGCUCCGUCAGAACAGAGAUUCGGAUGAAUCCAGUGAAGAUUUAAUGAAGAUUAGCCACGUUAGGAAUGUUGCAGUUGAACUCAAAGGAGUUUGGGAAUGGAUUAGGUGA